AUAACGGACUAUCAAAUAAACAAACGGCCGCUUCAACGGUACAAUAGCCAUUAUUUAAUUUUUUUUUAUCCAUUUUGUUAGAUUAACUUAGCACAAUGUUUGCGUCUAAGAUCCAUAUUCAAAACGAGAACAAAGUGAAUUUUAAAAAGAAAACUUAUGCGGAACUACAGGAACUGCACCAACGACAAUGCAAGAUCCUCAGUAAUAAACGAUUCGUCGAGGGAUUGCCUGACAAAGGUGAGAAACUGAAACAGUUUAUUGCUCAGCUGGACGCAGAAUUGAACAUUCGUGAUGUUCACAAGAAGCUGUGCACAGACAUGUUGGCGUUAAAAAUUGGCAAAGAUCAAUUGGAUACCCUCGAAUGGACCGGUAAACAUGUUACAGUGACACACAAGAAUAGCCAGUCAGAUGUUGUACAUGAUGAUGAAGAUGUGUUGAAAAUGUUUGCUUCGCAUUCGGGAGUUUACCAAGAUAAAAUAAUCAUAGAAGAGAAACCAGAAAAAACAUUGAUUAAACCAUCAGAUUUAAUCGAGGAAGAAUCUGUUGAACGCAAACAGCAAGAUUAUGAUUCCAUAGGAUUCUCAGAAAAUAUGGAACCCUAUGCUAAAAAUUUGUGUGGUCGUAUUGAUACUCAUUUGUCAACAGAUAAAGCGCAUUUCUUACUAAAUAAACCAGCUGUACCAAACAAACAUAGUAUAGUUAAAAUAGCUGAUGUAAGCCUCAAGGAAUCUGUGAUGUUACAGGUCACUCAUGACAGUAAAUUGAAGGAAUUGAAAGCCGAGAAUUUGAAACAAAAAUCAUUUCCAAAGUUUGAUAUGAGUAGUUAUCGAAAUACAAGUUUAUUCAACUUUGACAACAUCGAAGAUGAUAGUGAUGAUGAUGAUGAUGAUGACAUAAUUAAUAAUGAUAGCGAUGCAUAAUUUAAAAUUUUGUUGUAUAG